AUGGCCCCUACUGCUCUGGAACGCGAGGAUGUCGCGCGGGAUUCCGCCUUCAAUCAGGCUCUGCACGGCAAGUCUGCCAAGGCUCGCGGUGGUCUCACUGCCAUGCGCGGCAAGGACGCCGCUGCCCAGAAGGCUGCCGUCGAUGAAUACUUCAAACACUGGGACAACAAGGGCCACGUUGAAGAGACCGAGGAAACUCGUGAGGCUCGUCGUUCUGAAUAUGCCACCCUGACCCGACACUACUAUAACCUCGCCACUGACUUCUACGAGUACGGCUGGGGCUCUUCCUUCCACUUCUGUCGCUUCGCUUACGGCGAGCCGUUCAACCAGGCAAUUGCCCGUCACGAGCACUACCUUGCCAUGCAGGCCGGUAUCACCGAGGGCAUGAAGGUUCUGGAUGUCGGCUGCGGUGUCGGUGGUCCUGCCCGUGAGAUGGUCAAGUUCACUGGUGCCCAUGUCACUGGCCUGAACAACAACGACUACCAGAUCGACCGCGCCACCCACUACGCUGAGAAGCAGGGCCUGUCGGAGAAGAUGGCUUUCGUGAAGGGUGAUUUCAUGCAAAUGAAGUUCCCCGACAACAGCUUCGACGCCGUCUACGCCAUUGAGGCCACCGUCCAUGCCCCCGAACUGGUUGGUGUCUACAGCGAGAUUUUCCGAGUUCUGAAGCCCGGCGGCACCUUCGGUGUUUAUGAGUGGCUCAUGACUGAUGAAUACAACAACGACGACCCUGAACACCGCCGCAUCCGUCUUGGUAUCGAGCAGGGUGACGGUAUCUCCAACAUGGUCCGUAUCUCUGAAGGUCUGCAGGCCUUCCGCGACGCUGGCUUCGAGAUCAUCCAUCAUGAGGAUUUGGCUGCCCGCCCCGACGCCACCCCGUGGUACUAUCCGCUGGCCGGUUCGUUCAAGCACAUGGGUUCUGUCUGGGAUUUCUUCACAAUUGCCCGCAUGACCUGGUGGGGUCGUGGUCUUGCCCACCGCUUUGUCGGUGCCGGUGAGACCAUCGGCCUGUUCCCCAAGGGUUCUCAGAAGACCGCUGACAGCUUGGCUCUGGCUGCCGACUGUCUGGUUGAGGGUGCUCAGAAGAACUUGUUCACUCCUAUGUAUCUGAUGGUUGGCAAGAAGCCCGAGUAA